AUGGGGCCGGACCGGACCCGCGCUCACCUGGCGCCUGGCUCGCCCCUGCUGUUCGGCUCCGCCCCAACCAUGCGGCACCGCCCUCCGGCCCAGUUCGGUCCGGUUCGGCCGGGCCCGGCCCUCCCCCUCUGCCCAGCCCCUCCCGCUCGACCCCGGCCCUCCAGCUCGAGCCGAGCCCUUCGGUCGGCCCGGCCCCGCCCUCCGGCCCCGGUCCGAAUCGCCCCGCCCCUCCUGCCCGAGCCCCGCUAUCCUGUCCUGCCCGCCCCGCCCUUCCCGUCUGCCCCGCCCCUGCCGCUUGGCCCGCUACCUCCCGCUCGGCCCCACCCUCCCCCUUUCGGCCCCCCCGCCCCUCCCCUAGGCCACGCCUCGCUAGGCCACGCCUCUCCCGCUCCGCCUUGCCCUCCGGACCCGCCCGCCCCGCCCCCCGCUCGGCCCGUCCCUCCCGGUUGGUCCCUCUCUCCGGUCCAGCCGGGUGCGGCCCGGCCCGCCCCUCUCGGCGGGGUAUUUACGCCCGGCGCCUGCGUCGCCUCGGGCCGCGCUCAGGUACGUUUGGGGAUGCUGGGGCCGCGGAACCGGCCUGCGGGCGAGGCGGGCUGCGGGCGGCUGCGGGGGCGCGUGCCGGCUGGGUGUUCUUUAGGAUCAGGCGGCCGCGGCGGACGUGGUGACCCGGUGAGUGUGACGGCGCCGCCGUCCGGGACCGGGGACCGGAGGACCCGCCUGGGGGCGGUGCCCAGAUACCCUCGGCCAGCGCCUGGGCGUUGCGGACGCGGGGGACCGAGGUGGAGGCCGGAAGGCGGAUAG